AUGUCCUUUUGCAGAUUCGAUCUCGUUGCUUUUGCUUUUGCGGUGAACCUAAGGAAUUUCUUUUGGCCCGAUGAAGACGCUAAGAUGCUGUCCGUCUCAGCCUUGUUGAAACCCCUCAUCACCACCCUCGCAGCAAGCGUCAGUCUCUACCUUACCUUCCUCGGUCUCCUCACCAUCCGCUCGCUACAAGACCAUUCAACAUAUCUUCAUCGAGUGACGUUGACGUGGUUUCAAGAUGUCAAUGUGCCUGAACAAUGGGGCUUCUUGCGCAACCAAGUCACGCCCUUUCACCUCACUACGCCGGACGGUGAAACCCUCCAUUCGUGGCACAUUCUGCCUCUCGAGACAUAUCGCAGUAACCAGAAGGCAUUGAGAGCUGAGCGUACGGGAUUCUGUCAAGAUAUCAAAGAGAGACUAGCUUUUAAGCUGCUCAGGGACAAUUCCAGCGCGCAGCUGGUGAUAUAUCUACAUGGAGCGGCAGGGACACUUGGAUCUGGCUGGCGGCCACAGAGCUACCGUGCAAUCUCUGCUGCCGCGCAGAAUGUGCAUAUUAUCGCCAUAGAUUAUCGAGGGUUUGGCAGCAGCACCGGCUGGCCUUCUGAAGCAGGCCUACUAACGGACGCUCUCACCCUCGCCAACUUCGCAAUGAAAACGGCAGGCAUUCCACCGGAACGCAUUGUUAUUUUUGGCCAAUCUCUGGGUACAGCCGUAAGCAUAGCACUUACGCACCACCUUGCUCUACAGGAUCCCCCCGUUCUCUUCUCCGGCAUGGUGCUGGUGGCACCCUUUGCCAAUGUCGAGCUGUUGACGCAAACAUACAGUGUGGCUGGGACGAUUCCACUACUGUCACCUGUGGCUAAGAUCCCCCAUGCACUUGCCUUUCUCAACAAAUUCAUUGUAAGCAAGUGGCCAUCGAAAGACAAGCUUGCAGCCCUGAUUCGGCACUGCGAGACUCUCAAACUUGGCCAUAGACAUAACAAGUACGACGUCACGCUUAUCCAUGCCGAGGACGAUUAUGACAUCCCGUGGGUGCAUUCGGAGAUUAUGUUUUGGCACGCAGUGAACGCCACUCGAGAACCGAACAACAGUCUGAGUUUCGACGGACUAGAGGAAAUAAAGGCCAAGGAAAAGUUGGAGCUCGGGGCCGGAGGAUGGGAGGUGGAUUGGCGUGGCAAAGGCGGAGUAGUCAGAGAACAGAUCGUGAAGCAUGGACUACAUGAUCGAAUCAUGAGUUAUCCAAUCGUCAGUCUGGCAGUUGCGAAGGCAUUUCACAGCCAGGACACCAAGUAG